GAAGAAGGGAUAUGGUGAAAAUAAUUGUUUCUUUUGAUGGAAGCAAAAGCAAGCUGCUUCCGAAGAUGACAAUCUCGACUCAGAAGCUCAGCUAUUGAUCGAGGUCAGUCCUACACUAAACCUUGUUUUCUCCUCUUUCUCUAUUUUCAUCGGAUUCCGAUUCCGAUCGUUUGAGAUCUGCUAUUAUUAACUUUCUUCGUCCUUGGAAGUUUUAAUACUCUACUGUACUCGCAUCUUAUUAUACGAUGUUAAAUGGGGAAGAAACUCACCGGGCUUCCUCCAUUGGAGAUGCUUGUACAGACCCACUUGAGGAUUUUAUGCGAUGGAAUGAUCCUGAAUCAGAUCGUGGUGAUGAUGAUGAUUCGCCCGUUCCUUCAAGAUACUCUUCUGCUGGGGAUUCUGAAUUCGAUAGAUAUUGCAGCGCUAAUUCGGUUAUGGGGACGCCCAGUCUGUGUAGUUCAUUUGGAAAAUUCAAUGAUUGUGAGUCUGAUUUUGGUUCUGUAAGGAGUUAUGGCCUCGGAAUUUCUAGUAGUUUGGACAAUUUGAGAAUGGAAGAUGGGUUACGGGGGAAAGUUGAAGACAGAAGACUAUCAAUUUUAGGAGGUUCAAGCUCAGGGAAGAUGACCACAGAUGAAAGAAAUUUAGGCCGGGAAAUAGUAGGUGACUUACAAAAGGAUGAUCAUAGUCUAACAGAUAUUGGUGGUCAUGUGGAGUCAAGGAGUAACGAGAAUAAAGGAAGGCUGUUAAGCCUAGUUGACUUAUCUACCUCUUUGGAUGAUGAACUUUUUGGUGCGGAUGAUGAAGGUGGUAUAGUGCGAUGGAAAAAUCAAAGUGAAUUAGAUGAUGCACUUCAAAUGAAUGCAGGUCAUUCGAUAGAAGAAGCCCUGUCCGUGAACAGUGAUUCCCAUGCUUCAGAAGAUGAACAUUUAUUACCUCCUGGACAGGAAGAUAUUGAGCCAAUGGUGGAAUAUUUGGAGGGGGCAGCGAUAAACGUAUAUUCAGAACUUGAAGGGGGGAGGGGAGUUGAUAGAUAUUCUGAUCAAGAUGCACUUUCAUCUUGUACUGAGCACUCAGAAAGUGAAGAUUCUCAGUUUGGUACGGCUAACUAUGAGCAAAAGAGGGACUUGCAUAAAGAAGAGAGGAAUUUGGAGAAAUUUCGGGAGGCCAAAAAUGACAGAAUAGUUUCUCUUUGGAUGAACUCAUCUACAGCCUUUGGUUCAGAUGAUUUGCAUGAUUUCAUGCAAGAAAACGGAGACUCUGAUAUUAUAAUGAUAAAAUUAGAUCAACUUAUGGAGCAGAAACAACCACAUGAUGGAACCAACAUAAACAGAGAACAGGAAGAGAAAGAUUUGAUUCCCGUGGAUGGUAAUUCACAAAGCGCUGUCAUGCCAAGUGCCAACAAAGUUUAUACCGACGAUGGAAGUACGAAUUAUGAAAAUCCAGAUUCAAAUAUUUCUAAGGUAUUGCAUCCUCUGUCAAGUAUUACCUCUAGGUCACUCUGUCCAAUUGAAGCACCUGUAGAUCAAAGGGUUGACUUCUUUGAGGGAUCAUAUUCAUUGCCUCUUACUGUUGAGAACACUGUCUGCAAAACAUCAAAGGAUUCUCCUAUUUUGUCUAACCCUCAUGACAUGGAUUCUAAAAUUGUUAAGAUUGAGAACCUUGAGUCUAAUGAACUUUAUAAUGAGGUUGUCCAUGAAAUGGAAGAAAUAUUACUAGAUUCAACAGAUUCUCCCAGUACUUGGUUCCCCUCCCAGAAAUCUUUCCCCUUAAGGGAUGGGGGUUCAACUGCCUCUACUUCGGGCAAUGAUGAUGCUUACCCACAAAUGCAAUGUCGUUGGAGGAUUGACAGAGUCGAGGUAGUAGGGGCGAAGCAAAAGAAAGGAGACAUUUCAUUUAGUGAAAGGCUGGUUGGAGUGAAGGAAUAUACUGUAUAUGUUAUAAGAGCUUGGAGUGGAACAGAUCAUUGGAUGAUAGAAAGAAGAUACCGUGAUUUUUGCACACUUCAUCGUCGAUUGAAAGCAGUUUCUUCCGAUCAAGGCUGGCUUAUGCCUUCUCCGUGGUCCUCUAUUGAACAGGAAUCCAGAAAGAUCUUUGGCAAUCUCUCUCCUGAUGUCGUCUCCGAGAGAAGUGAGCUUAUUCAAGAGUGCCUACAAUCUAUUCUUCAUCUUAGGUUUACAUAUGGGUUACCAAACGCUUUAGUUUGGUUCUUGUCUCCAACUGAAUCUCAUCAAAGUUCUCCAGCAUCUAGCUCAUCCCAUCAACUAAACCUUCAUUUUCCCUUUGAAGAUGGAAAAACUGAAAACGUUUCGGCAUUAGGGAAGACAAUAUCGCUUAUUGUUGAGAUUUCACCACUAAAAACUCUGAAGCAAAAUUUGGAGGCACAACAUUAUACAUGCGCGGGAUGUCACAAGCAUUUUGAUGAUGGGAAAACUCGAUUAUCGGAAGUUGUGCAUAGCUUUGGUUGGGGAAGGCCUCGUAUCUGCGAAUACACUAGUCAGUUAUUUUGUUCGUCGUGCCACACUAAUGACUUUGCAGUUUUGCCAGCCAGAGUUUUGCAUAAUUGGGAUUUCUCACAGUACCCAGUUUCUCAGUUGGCAAAAUCAUACUUGGAUUCUAUCAGGGAUCAGCCCAUGCUCUGUGUUAGUGCAGUCAAUCCUUUCCUGUUUUCAAAGGUACCUGCCCUUCACCAAGUAACUGGAAUGAGGAAGAAGAUAGGAGCCAUGAUUCCUUAUGUAAACUGUCAGUUCCGUGAAUCUAUCUUUAAAAGAUUAGGUUCCCGCAAAUAUCUCCUUGAGAGCAAUGACUUUUUCGCACUUAGAGAUCUCAUUGACCUCUCAAAAGGUGCAUUUGCAGCACUACCUGUAAUGGUGGAUACAGUUUCGAGGAAAAUAAGGGAACAUAUAAUGGAGCAAUGUCUUCUAUGCUGUGAUGUGGGUGUCCCUUGCAAUGCAAGACAUGCGUGCAAUGACCUGUCUUCUCUCAUUUUCCCUUUCCAAGAGGAAGAUGAACUGGAAAGGUGUAGAUCCUGCAAAUCAGUUUUUCAUGUUGAGUGCUUUAAGAAGAUAAAGAGUUGCCCAUGUGGAGUUCUUUUAAGACAUGAAGAAGAUGGGACAGGUCUGGCCAUGUCAAGCCAAACUAGUAGCACCAGCAGCAGUAGCAGCUCUUUGAAGGACUUGUUUGGAAGGAAAUCUGUCUCAUCUAAGUCGACAAUUGGAUUGCUAUCUGGAUUAUUUUACAAGGAGAAGUCUCCAGUGACUAAAGACAGGGAUACUGUUAUAUUAAUGGGUUCUUUCCCAAACAACUCCAAAUGACUCUAUUAUAUUGUAUCUUGGGAAAUAAGGUUUUUGAUUUUUUACAUGCUCAUAUCUUUGGAGUGUCUUUAUGAAAAGUAAAGAAUUGUAUAAUUGUUGAAGAAAUGCAUAGUUUCAUUUCUGUUUUGCUUGCUCA